AUGCAGGAAGUUGAAUGUAUGUCCACUGCAUCGUGUACCAUUCUGUCAGAGUACAUUAAAAUGGCAGAUCACUAUGUCCCAGUUCCAGGAGGACCAAACAACAACAACUAUGCAAAUGUAGAACUCAUUCUUGAUAUUGCAAAGCGGAUUCCAGUGCAGGCUGUGUGGGCUGGUUGGGGCCAUGCAUCUGAGAACCCUAAACUACCAGAACUUCUCCACAAAAAUGGGAUUGCUUUCAUGGGUCCUCCGAGCCAAGCAAUGUGGGCCUUAGGAGAUAAAAUUGCUUCUUCAAUAGUGGCUCAGACUGCCGGCAUUCCAACUCUUCCUUGGAGUGGCAGUGGUCUUCGAGUGGACUGGCAGGAAAAUGAUCUUCAGAAGCGUAUCUUGAAUGUUCCUCAGGAACUAUAUGAAAAAGGCUAUGUGAAAGACGCAGAUGAUGGACUGCGGGCUGCUGAGGAGGUUGGCUACCCUGUCAUGAUCAAGGCUUCUGAAGGAGGAGGAGGAAAAGGAAUUAGGAAAGUUAACAAUGCAGAUGACUUCCCCAACUUAUUUAGACAGGUGCAAACUGAAGUCCCAGGCUCUCCAAUCUUUGUAAUGAGAUUAGCCAAACAGUCCCGCCACUUGGAGGUGCAGAUCCUGGCAGAUCAAUAUGGCAAUGCCAUCUCUCUCUUUGGCCGGGAUUGCUCCGUGCAACGCAGACACCAGAAGAUUAUCGAGGAAGCACCUGCUUCUAUUGCGACUUCAGUGGUGUUUGAGCACAUGGAACAGUGUGCGGUGAAGCUUGCCAAAAUGGUGGGAUAUGUGAGUGCGGGCACUGUGGAAUACCUGUACAGCCAGGAUGGCAGUUUCUACUUUCUGGAGUUGAAUCCCCGCCUGCAAGUGGAGCACCCCUGCACAGAGAUGGUGGCUGAUGUUAAUCUGCCGGCAGCGCAGCUCCAGAUUGCCAUGGGGAUUCCCCUGCACAGGAUCAAGGAUAUCCGAGUGAUGUAUGGUGUUUCUCCAUGGGGAGAUGCAUCUAUUGAUUUUGAGAAUUCAGCCCAUGUCCCCUGUCCGCGCGGCCACGUCAUCGCUGCACGUAUCACCAGUGAGAAUCCUGAUGAGGGAUUUAAGCCCAGUUCUGGUACAGUUCAGGAACUGAAUUUCCGCAGCAAUAAGAAUGUCUGGGGCUAUUUCAGUGUUGCUGCUGCAGGAGGGCUUCAUGAAUUUGCUGAUUCUCAAUUUGGUCACUGCUUCUCUUGGGGAGAAAAUCGUGAAGAAGCCAUCUCAAACAUGGUAGUGGCCUUGAAGGAGCUGUCCAUCCGAGGGGAUUUCCGAACCACUGUUGAGUACUUGAUUAAACUGUUGGAAACAGAAAGCUUCCAGCAGAACCGCAUUGACACUGGCUGGUUGGAUCGGCUUAUUGCUGAGAAAGUUCAGGCUGAAAGGCCUGAUACCAUGCUGGGAGUGGUGUGUGGAGCUCUGCAUGUGGCUGAUGUGAGCUUCCGAAACAGUGUCUCAAACUUCCUCCACUCUCUAGAAAGGGGCCAAGUCCUGCCUGCUCAUACUCUGCUAAACACCGUGGAUGUGGAACUCAUCUACGAAGGACGGAAGUAUGUGCUGAAGGUGACCCGACAGUCUCCCAAUUCCUAUGUGGUCAUCAUGAACAGCUCGUGUGUGGAAGUUGAUGUGCACCGACUGAGUGAUGGAGGACUGCUCCUGUCUUACGAUGGCAGCAGCUAUACUACCUACAUGAAAGAAGAAGUGGACAGGUAUCGCAUCACUAUAGGUAACAAGACCUGUGUGUUUGAAAAGGAGAAUGACCCCUCCAUUCUGCGCUCACCUUCGGCUGGGAAACUUAUCCAGUAUGUGGUGGAGGAUGGGGGACACGUGUUUGCAGGCCAGUGCUUUGCAGAAAUCGAGGUGAUGAAAAUGGUGAUGACACUAACAGCAGGAGAAUCAGGCUGCAUCCAUUAUGUCAAACGCCCAGGGGCAGUAUUGGAUCCAGGCUGUGUGAUUGCCAAGCUCCAGCUGGAUGAUCCCAGAGAAGUUACAGGAAGCACAGAUGCUGAACUGCACACGGGUACUUUGCCGCAGAUCCAGAGCACGGCACUUCGAGGCGAGAAACUCCAUCGCAUCUUCCAUUAUGUCUUGGAUAACCUGGUCAAUGUGAUGAAUGGAUACUGCCUGCCAGAGCCCUACUUCAGCAGCAAGGUGAAAGGCUGGGUUGAGAGACUAAUGAAGACACUGAGGGAUCCUUCUUUGCCUCUGCUGGAACUUCAGGACAUCAUGACCAGUGUUUCUGGACGGAUCCCACCCAACGUAGAGAAGUCCAUCAAGAAGGAGAUGGCCCAAUAUGCCAGCAACAUCACAUCAGUCCUUUGCCAGUUUCCUAGCCAACAGAUUGCCAAUAUCUUGGAUAGCCAUGCAGCCACCUUGAACCGCAAAUCAGAGCGUGAGGUCUUCUUCAUGAACACUCAGAGCAUAGUGCAGCUUGUACAGAGGUACCGGAGUGGUAUUCGGGGUCACAUGAAAGCAGUGGUGAUGGAUCUGCUCCGUCAGUAUCUGAAGGUGGAGACUCAGUUUCAACAUGGUCACUAUGACAAGUGUGUCUUUACCCUUCGGGAAGAGAAUAAAAGUGAUAUGAAUGCUGUAUUGAACUACAUCUUCUCGCAUGCUCAGGUCACCAAGAAGAACCUGCUUGUUACGAUGCUCAUUGACCAGCUAUGUGGCCGUGACCCCACCUUGACAGAUGAGCUGAUUAAUAUUCUGACAGAGCUGACCCAGCUCAGCAAGACGACCAACGCUAAAGUGGCCCUGCGAGCACGGCAGGUUCUCAUCGCUUCCCAUUUGCCAUCCUACGAGCUGCGUCACAACCAGGUGGAGUCCAUCUUCCUGUCCGCUAUUGACAUGUAUGGACACCAGUUCUGCAUUGAGAACCUGCAGAAACUCAUUUUGUCCGAGACAUCCAUCUUUGAUGUGCUACCCAACUUUUUCUACCACAGUAACCAGGUGGUAAGAAUGGCAGCUUUGGAGGUGUACGUUCGAAGGGCAUAUAUUGCCUACGAGUUAAAUAGUGUCCAGCAUCGCCAGCUGAAGGAUAACACUUGUGUGGUGGAGUUCCAGUUCAUGCUACCUACGUCGCAUCCAAACAGAGGGAACAUCCCCACGCUAAACAGAAUGUCCUUCUCUUCCAACCUCAAUCACUAUGGGAUGGUCCAUGUAGCUAGCGUGAGCGAUGUACUGCUAGACAAUUCAUUCACUCCACCGUGCCAGCGGAUGGGUGGAAUGGUCUCCUUCCGCACGUUUGAAGAUUUUGUCAGAAUCUUUGAUGAAGUGAUGGGUUGCUUCUGCGACUCUCCUCCCCAGAGCCCAACCUUCCCCGAAGCUGGCCAUGCUUCCUUGUAUGAUGAAGACAAGACUGCCCGGGAGGAGCCCAUUCACAUUCUUAAUGUUGCUAUUAAAACAGACAGUGACGUUGAUGAUGAUGGGCUGGCAGCCAUGUUCAGAGAGUUCACACAAAGCAAGAAAUCAGUCCUGAUUGAACAUGGGAUUCGGAGGCUGACUUUCCUUGUAGCACAAAAGGACUUCAGGAAGCAGGUCAACUAUGAGGUGGAUCAGAGAUUUCACAGAGAAUUUCCGAAGUUCUUCACAUUCCGUGCCCGAGAUAAGUUUGAGGAAGAUAGGAUUUACCGUCAUCUGGAGCCAGCUCUGGCUUUUCAGCUGGAGUUGAACCGAAUGCGAAACUUUGAUCUCACUGCCAUUCCAUGUGCCAAUCACAAAAUGCACCUCUACCUGGGAGCAGCUAAAGUUGAAGUGGGAACAGAAGUGACGGACUACAGGUUCUUCGUGAGGGCUAUUAUCAGGCAUUCAGAUCUGGUCACCAAGGAAGCCUCCUUUGAGUAUCUGCAAAAUGAGGGAGAGCGUUUGCUUUUGGAAGCCAUGGAUGAGUUGGAGGUGGCAUUUAAUAAUACCAACGUGCGCACUGACUGCAAUCACAUCUUCUUAAAUUUCGUGCCUACUGUCAUCAUGGACCCGUCUAAGAUCGAGGAAUCUGUACGGAGCAUGGUGAUGCGCUACGGGAGUCGCCUGUGGAAACUCCGCGUCCUCCAAGCCGAGCUGAAGAUCAACAUUCGUUUGACCCCGACGGGGAAGGCAAUUCCCAUUCGCCUCUUCUUGACCAAUGAGUCGGGCUACUAUUUGGACAUCAGCCUCUACAAAGAAGUGACAGACUCCAGAACAGGACAGAUUAUGUUCCAGGCAUACGGGGAUAAACAGGGACCACUUCAUGGGAUGCUGAUCAACACCCCGUAUGUGACCAAAGACCUGCUGCAGUCCAAGAGAUUCCAGGCGCAGUCUUUAGGGACAUCAUAUGUCUAUGACAUACCUGAGAUGUUUCGGCAGUCUUUGAUUAAACUCUGGGAUUCUAUGAAUGAUCAUGUACCACCCCCGCCGCUGCCUUCUGACAUGCUGACGUACACUGAGUUGGUGUUGGAUGAUCAGGGCCAGCUCGUGCACAUGAACAGGCUGCCGGGAGGAAAUGAGAUUGGGAUGGUGGCCUGGAAGAUGACUCUGAAGACGCCUGAGUAUCCAGAAGGCCGUGAUAUCAUUGUCAUUGGCAAUGACAUUACAUACCGAAUAGGUUCUUUUGGGCCUCAAGAGGACAUGCUGUUCCUGAGGGCUUCAGAGCUUGCUCGAACACAUGGGAUUCCCCGUAUCUACGUGGCUGCCAACAGUGGAGCCAGGAUUGGUUUGGCUGAGGAGAUUCGGCACAUGUUCCAUGUAGCUUGGGAAGACCCAGAUGACCCAUACAAGGGAUACAAAUACUUGUACCUGACUCCUCAAGACUAUAAGAAAGUCAGCGCCCUGAACUCAGUUCACUGUGAACAUGUGGAGGACAAUGGAGAGUCCAGGUACAAGAUAACAGAUAUUAUCGGAAAGGAAGACGGACUUGGAACAGAGAACCUCAGAGGAUCUGGCAUGAUUGCUGGAGAAUCAUCUUUAGCCUAUGAGAGUAUUAUCACCAUCAACUUGGUUACAUGUCGGGCAAUUGGAAUUGGGGCUUACCUUGUUCGGCUAGGUCAGAGGACUAUCCAGGUUGAGAACUCUCACAUAAUCCUGACUGGUUGUGGAGCCCUUAACAAAGUGCUUGGACGGGAAGUUUACACCUCCAACAACCAGCUGGGUGGGAUCCAGAUAAUGCACAACAACGGAGUAACGCACAGCACUGUGUGUGACGAUUUUGAAGGAGUCUACACUAUUCUGCAGUGGCUUUCCUACAUGCCAAAGAGUGUAUACAGCCCUGUUCCUAUCCUCAAAGUCAAGGAUCUUAUAGACAGAACCAUAGAGUUUGUUCCUACCAAGACUCCCUAUGAUCCUCGCUGGAUGCUGGCUGGACGCCCAAAUCCAAGUCAAAAAGGACAGUGGCUAAGUGGUUUCUUUGACAAUGGCUCAUUCCUGGAGAUCAUGCAGCCCUGGGCGCAGACAGUUGUGGUUGGUAGAGCAAGGCUGGGAGGAAUACCUGUAGGAGUAGUUGCCGUAGAAACGAGAACAGUGGAGCUCAGCAUCCCUGCUGAUCCUGCAAACCUGGACUCUGAGGCCAAGAUAAUCCAGCAGGCUGGUCAGGUGUGGUUCCCUGACUCUGCCUUUAAGACUGCGCAGGCUAUCAAUGACUUUAACAGAGAAGGGCUGCCUCUGAUGGUCUUUGCUAACUGGAGAGGCUUCUCUGGUGGAAUGAAAGACAUGUAUGACCAAGUGCUCAAGUUUGGUGCCUACAUUGUGGACGGCCUGAGAGAGUAUCGUCAACCCGUGCUUAUUUACAUCCCACCGCAAGCGGAGCUGAGAGGAGGAUCCUGGGCUGUGAUCGACCCUACCAUUAAUCCCCGUCAUAUGGAGAUGUACGCAGACCGAGAAAGCAGAGGAGGAAUCCUGGAACCAGAGGGGACGGUAGAAAUCAAAUUCCGCAGGAAGGACCUGGUGAAGACGAUGAGGCGAGUGGACCCCGUCUACAUCGGCCUGGCAGAGCAGCUAGGUACCCCUGAGCUGAGCCCUGCUGACCGAAAAGAGCUGGAGACCAAGCUAAAGGAGCGGGAGGAAUUCCUGAUCCCCAUUUACCACCAGGUAGCCAUGCAGUUUGCUGACUUGCACGACACACCUGGCCGGAUGCAGGAGAAGGGUGUCAUAACUGACAUUCUAGACUGGAAAACUUCCCGUACCUUCUUCUACUGGAGAUUAAGACGUCUUCUUCUAGAAGAUGUGGUAAAAAAGAAGAUCCAUGAUGCGAAUCCUGAGCUGACUGACGGGCAGAUCCAGGCUAUGCUGAGACGCUGGUUUGUGGAAGUCGAAGGGACAGUGAAG